AUGGCAGACACCUUUUAUUCUGUUCCUGAGCAAGCCUCCAAGGUUUUUUAUGAAGGAAUUUUGCGUGGCCCGCAAACGGAGCAGCACCUUAUCCAUGACUUGGAAAAAUACGCCACAGUCCAUUUCGAAGGCUCUCAAGAUCCAUUUAUUCCUGUCAAUUGGCGAUUUGCAGAAAGCGUAUCUGCACUCAAAGCACUGGAAGCAACAUAUACCAAUGCUAUUCUCCACAAGCUUUAUGGGAUUUCUCCUCAGAAGGCGGUUAUAAACACUAACCAUGGGAUUCUAUUCCUUAUGUCCCUUACCCUGUUUUCCCUCGAUCCUGACGGCAAAAACAUAACAUUUCGGGAUAUUCGAAGUGACCCGGAGGCUAAGGACUUCUACCUUAGCUUAUUCAACGACUAUGAUACUUAUGGGUCGCUAGAAGGCCCAUAUCGGUGCUGUGCUUCGAAUAUUUAUAAGACGCGAGAUGAUCGAUUUUUUCACCUUCAUGGCUCGCUCAAUCCUAGCAUCGUUUUGGAAAUGCUGAAAUUUCCAUCCUUACCCCCUGGGGGAGAAGAUUCAUUUGAAAGGGUGCUUCCCAUGUUUCAUGCAGCACUCGCACAGUGGAAAAGUCAGGACAUUGAUAAAUUAUCAAAUGAUGUCUUCAAGACCGCAGGCACGAUUAGCUAUGACGUUGAUGGCUACCGUAAAACCGAGCAGGGUCAGGCGAACCGCCAUGUUGGCUUGUGGGAGUCUUUCAAAGUCAAUGAAAGUCAAGCCCCUUGUUGGUGGACUGAUGCCGCUGGCAACAAACCUAGUAACCCGUCAAGGCCUUUGGCCGGCCUAAAAGUUCUGGACGCCACGCGCAUUAUCGCAGGACCUGCCGUGACUCGUGGGCUGGCUGAGCUGGGCGCGACUAUUCUGCGAAUCACUUCGCCCUCCAUUCCAGACGCUACUAUCUACCAUCCGGAAUUCAAUUGGGGUAAGUUGAACGCCGCCUUGGACUUCAACAAACCAGAGGAUCGGGAAAGAAUGAAGGAACUCAUCUUGGAGUGUGACGUUUUUGUCUCUAGCUAUCGUCCAGAGGUCAUGGAAAAAUGGGGCUUCGGAGCCGAUCAAGUCAUAGAGAUGUGUAAGAACCGGCCAAAUGGAAUUAUAGUCGUACGGCUCAACUGUUUCGGUUGGAACGGUCCAUUACAACUGAGGAGUGGAUGGCAGCAAAUAUCUGACGCUCAUACUGGAGUCUCUUACGAGUUUGGUCGCGCGAUGGGUAAUGACGAGCCUGUCACUCCCAUAUUUCCAAACAGCGACUUUUGUACUGGUAUUUCUGGAACAUGCAGCGUGAUGGAUGCGUUGGUUCGGAGAGCAGAAACUGGUGGGUCGUAUAAGAUUAAUCUGGCUCUUGACUACUAUAACAAUUGGCUGGUCCAAAACGUCGGCAUGUAUCCCGAAAAUAUCUGGAACCGCCUUCGAAAGCGUUACGGCUCCCCUGUGUUUCGUCACUAUGAUCACAUGCUAGUCAUUAUUUCACGAGUGAUGACUCUGCUUAAGGAACACUCUCCAGAUCUCUUUGACGCAAAGUUCUUCGAAACCCGACCCUGUCCAAACUUGGGCAUUUCGAUUCGGACUAUCAAACCAGUCGUCCAGUUUGACGAGAUCGUAAAGCUUGGAUUUGAUAUUGGUACGAGAAGCAAUGGUGUUGAUGAGGCACGUUGGCCAUCCGCAGCUUAUCGCCAUGUUGCAACUGAAGUGUAG